AUGGUUGCCUACUACAAUAUCGCUGGCCGCAAGAUUGGCUCCCACGUGCUCACCAUGGGUGUCCUCGGCUCUACCUUUGCCGGUGCCUUCCUCGCCCUCAGCGGUGGUGACAAGAAGGCCCAGCAAGGUCCUCCGGUCAACGCUGCUUCCAAGGACGAAGAAAAGUUCAUCCAGGACUUCAUCAAGAGCGUCGAAGGCGGCGACAGCAAGGCCAAGCACUAA